AUGAGGGCGCGCCGCUCCGGACCCCGCCCACCGGGGGCGGCGCGAGGGCGCGCAAGCGCGCGGCACGGCCGGGCGGGCCGGCGGGCUGGGAAGAUGGCGGCGCGAAGCCUGGUGGCCGCCGCGGACCUACNCCUGCAGCCAGGGUUGGGGCUGAGGGACUGCUUCUUCAAGAGGCGGCGUUGGAGCCGGAAUUCGGAGGACUUCGGGAGGAACCGGAGGGCGCUCUUCUGGGCCAGGAUCAGUUGUCCUCGCCCAGCAGCCUGCAUGUGGCAGGCUGUCAGUGUUGUACAGGCCCAGCAGGAGAGCCAUCUUCUCCAGGACACGUGGGGUGGGGGCAGCGAGAAGCCCGUGCCACCUGCAGCAGGGGGUGCACAGGGUCUGGGGCGGCCGGGCUGGCUGAGGUGCGGCCGCAACUUGGGGGCCCCAGGACUGCAUAAGCAGUGUGGGCUUGGGGCUGAGGGCACUGCGGGCCGUGUGGGGAGGUCUGAGGAGGCAGAAGCUGGGGGCGGCAUGCUGAUGGUGGCGGCAGCUGGAGUGAACGUCAGGGGGAGGAGAGGUGGCCUCGGUGGGCUCCAGGACAAGCUGGCGGUUCGGGCUGGCUGGACGUGGGACCGCAUCUCGCAGGUCCGCAGAGGCCCCACGCUUCGGCUGUCCCGCCCUCCCUCUGCCCCUGCUCCUCUGCGGGAGGCUGGUCUGAGCAGAGAGAGGGCGGGACCUGCUGGAGUGUGGGAUGUGAAGGGCCCGGCAGCGUCUCCUCACGUGAUCGUCUUUAGGGAAACCGUAGGUCUGGGAGCGGGGGCUGGUCUGGUGCCAGCCCCACACCUGUCUUCAGGGAGUGGGGAAGGCCAGGGCCAGAUCCUGCAGCGCUUCCCGGAGAAGGACUGGGAGGACAACCCGUUCCCCCAGGGCAUCGAGCUGUUCUGCCAGCCCAGCGGGUGGCAGCUGUGUCCUGAGCGGAACCCCCCCACCUUCUUCGUCGCUGUCCUCACCGACAUCAACUCCGAGCGGCACUACUGCGCCUGCCUGACCUUCUGGGAGCCUGUGGAGCCCACACAGGAAGGGCUGUGUGUCCGGGAUGCCACUGCGCGGGACGAGGAGGCCGAUGAGGGGGGCUCGGGGGCACUGUCGCCCCCCGCGCCCGGCCCGCCUGACCAGCUGUUUGCUCCAAAGACGCUGGUGUUGGUGUCACGACUGGAUCACGUGGAGGUGUUCAGGAACAGCCUCGGCCUCAUCUACACCAUCCACGUAGAGGGUCUGAACGUGGGCCUAGAGAACGUGGUUGGGAACCUGCUGACGUGCCUCAUCCCCCUGGCCGGGGGCUCGCAGGUGGGUUGGGGGGCAGGCAGCCUUAGGCGCUCGUCGUGUCCAAGGCAACGGGGCAUCACCAACGUGCUGUCCCUGUUCUGUGCGGCGCUCACCGAGCACAAGGUGCUCUUCCUGUCCCGGAGCUACCAGCGCCUCUCCGACGCCUGCCGGGGACUCCUGGCGCUGCUGUUCCCUCUCAGAUACAGCUUCACCUACGUGCCCAUCCUGCCGGCGCAGCUCCUGGAGGUGCUCAGCACGCCCACGCCCUUCAUCAUCGGAGUCAAUGCUGCCUUCCAGGCAGAGGCCCAGGAGCUGCUGGACGUGGUUGUUGCUGAUCUGGAUGGCGGUACGGUGACUGUCCCCGAGUGUGUGCACAUUCCGCCCCUGCCUGAGCCCCUGCAGACUCAGACACACAGCAUCCUGAGCAUGGUCCUGGAUCCAGAGCUGGAGCUGGCCGACCUUGCCUUCCCUCCACCUACGAUGUCCAUUUCCUCCCUGAAGAUGCAGGACAAGGAGCUGCGUGCCGUCUUCCUGAGGCUCUUCGCUCAGCUCCUGCAAGGCUAUCGCUGGUGUCUGCACAUGGUCCGCAUCCACCCGGAGCCCGUCAUCCGCUUUCAUAAGGCAGCUUUCCUGGGCCAGCGCGGGCUCGUGGAGGAUGAUUUCCUGAUGAAGGUGCUGGAGGGCAUGGCCUUCGCAGGCUUCGUGUCAGAGCGCGGGGUCCCCUACCGCCCUACGGACUUGUUUGAUGAGUUGGUGGCCCAUGAAGUCGCUCGGAUGAGGGCAGACGAGAACCACCCCCAGCGAGUUCUGCGUCACGUCAAGGAACUGGCCGAGCAGCUCUACAAGAACGAGAACCCGUACCCUGCUGUGGCUAUGCACAAGGUGCAGCGGCCAGGAGAGGCCAGCCACCUGCGGCGGGCACCCCGGCCCUUCCCCCGGCUGGACGAGGGCAUGGUGCAGUGGAUCGUGGAUCAGGCCGCGGCCAAGAUGCAGGGCGCGCCCCCAGCUGUGAAGGCCGAGAAGAGGACCACUGUGCCCUCGGGGCCGCCCAUGACGGCCAUUGUGGAGCGGAGUGGCGGACUGCAUGGUAACAGCGCGCGCCGGCUGGAGGUGGUCCGGAACUGCAUCUCCUAUGUGUUCGAGGGGAAGAUGCUGGAGGCCAAGAAGCUGCUCCCAGCUGUGCUGAGGGCCCUGAAGGGGCGUGCGGCCCGCCGCUGCCUUGCCCAGGAGCUGCACCUGCAUGUGCAGCAGAACCGGGCCGUCCUGGACCACCAGCAGUUCGACUUUGUGGUCCGCAUGAUGAACUGCUGCCUGCAGGACUGCACCUCCCUGGAUGAGCACGGCGUCGCGGCUGCUCUGCUGCCCCUGGUCACUGCCUUCUGCCGGAAGCUGAGUCCAGGGGUGACGCAGUUUGCAUACAGCUGCGUGCAGGAGCACGUGGUGUGGAGCACACCGCAGUUCUGGGAGGCCAUGUUCUAUGGGGACGUGCAAACCCACAUCCGGGCCCUCUACCUGGAGCCUGCCGAGGACCAAGACCCCUUCUCGGUAGGGGAGGCGCCCCUGCAGGGGGACGAGCGCUCUGCCCUGGACGUGGCCUCUGAGCAGAGGCGACUGUGGCCCACGCUGAGCCGAGAGAAGCAGCAGGAGCUGGUGCAGAAGGAGGAGAGCACCGUCUUCAGCCAGGCCAUCCACUACGCCAACCGCAUGAGCUACCUGCUCCUGCCCCUGGACAGCAGCAAGAGUCGCCUGCUCCGGGAGCGCGCGGGGCUGGGCGAGCUCGAGAGUGCCAGCAACAGUCUCGUUACCAACAGCAUGGCGGGCAGCGUGGCGGAGAGCUACGACACGGAGAGUGGCUUCGAGGACGCGGAGGCCUGUGACGUGGCCGGGGCUGUGGUCCGCUUCAUCAACCGCUUUGUGGACAAGGUCUGCACAGAGAGUGGGGUCACCAGCGACCACCUCAAGGGGCUGCAUGUCAUGGUGCCAGACAUUGUCCAGAUGCACAUCGAGACCCUGGAGGCCGUGCACAGAGAGAGCAAGAGGCUGCCCCCCAUCCAGAAGCCCAAGCUGCUUCGGCCACGCCUGCUGCCCGGAGAGGAGUGUGUGCUGGACGGCCUUCGCGUCUACCUGUUGCCCGACGGGCGAGAGGAAGGCGCGGGGGGCCCCGGGGGUGGCCCCGCACUGCUGCCAGCCGAGGGCGCCGUCUUCCUCACCACGUACCGCGUCAUCUUCACGGGGAUGCCCACCGACCCCCUGGUGGGGGAGCAGGUGGUGGUCCGCUCCUUCCCGGUGGCUGCACUGACCAAGGAGAAGCGCAUCAGCGUCCAGACCCCUGUGGACCAGCUCCUGCAGGACGGGCUGCAGCUGCGCUCCUGCACCUUCCAGCUGCUGAAGAUGGCGUUUGACGAGGAGGUGGGGUCUGACAGCGCCGAGCUCUUCCGCAAGCAGCUGCACAAGCUGCGGUACCCACCAGACAUCAGAGGCACGUUCGCACUCACCCUGGGUUCUGCCCAUACCCCUGGCCGGCCGCCCCGUGCCACCAAGGACAAGGGACCUUCCUUCAGGACCCUGUCUAGGAACUUGGUGAAGAAUGCCAAGAAGACUAUCGGGCGGCAGUAUGUCACUCGGAAGAAGUAUAACCCCCCCAGCUGGGAGCAUCGGGGCCAGCCGUCCCCCGAGGACCAAGAGGACGAGAUCUCUGUGUCGGAGGAGCUGGAGCCCAGCACGCUGACACCAUCCUCGGCCCUGAAGCCCUCGGAUCGCAUGACCAUGAGCAGCCUGGUGGAGCGGGCGUGCUGCCGGGACUACCAGCGCCUGGGGCUGGGCACGCUGAGCAGCAGCCUGAGCCGAGCCAAGUCUGAGCCCUUCCGGAUCUCCCCGGUGAACCGCAUGUAUGCCAUCUGCCGCAGCUACCCUGGGCUGCUGAUCGUGCCCCAGAGCAUCCAGGACAACGCUCUGCAGCGCGUCUCCCGCUGCUACCGUCAGAACCGCUUCCCGGUGGUCUGCUGGCGCAGCGGGCGCUCCAAGGCCGUGUUGCUGCGCUCUGGAGGCCUGCACGGCAAGGGUGUCGUCGGUCUCUUCAAGGCCCAGAAUGCGCCUUCUCCUGGCCAGUCCCAGGCCGACUCCAGCAGCCUGGAGCAAGAGAAGUACCUGCAGGCUGUGGUCAGCUCCAUGCCGCGUUACGCGGACGCGUCCGGUCGCAACACGCUCAGCGGCUUCUCCUCCGCCCACAUGGGCAGCCAUGUGCCCAGCCCCAGAGCCAGGGUCACCACGCUGUCCAACCCCAUGGCGGCCUCGGCCUCCAGACGGACUGCGCCCCGAGGUAAAUGGGGCAGCGUCCGGGCCAGCGGGCGCAGCGGUGGGCUCAGCACUGAUGUGGGCUCCCGGCUAGCAGGUGUGGGCCCCCCCCAGGCCAACGGGGCCCCUCCUGACCCAGGCUUUUUGCGGCCCCAGCGUGCAGCCCUCUAUAUCAUUGGAGACAAAGCCCAGCUGAAGGGUGUGCGGCCAGACCCCCUGCAGCAGUGGGAGCUGGUGCCCAUUGAGGUGUUUGAGGCGCGGCAGGUGAAGGCGAGCUUCAAGAAGCUGCUAAAGGCCUGUGUCCCUGGCUGUCCUGCCACCGAGCCUGGUCCAGCCUCCUUUCUGCGCUCACUGGAAGACUCAGAGUGGCUCAUCCAGAUCCACAAGCUGCUGCAGGUGUCGGUGCUGGUGGUGGAGCUCCUGGACUCGGGCUCCUCCGUCCUGGUCAGCCUGGAGGACGGCUGGGACAUCACCACCCAGGUGGUGUCCCUGGUGCAGCUGCUCUCAGACCCCUUCUACCGCACCCUGGAGGGCUUCCGCCUGCUGGUGGAGAAGGAGUGGCUGUCCUUCGGCCAUCGCUUCAGCCACCGCGGGGCCCACACCCUAGCUGGGCAGAGCAGUGGUUUCACUCCAGUCUUCCUGCAGUUCCUGGACUGUGUACACCAGGUCCACCUGCAGUUCCCCAUGGAGUUCGAGUUCAGUCCUUUCUACCUCAAGUUCCUUGGCUACCAUCACGUGUCCCGCCGCUUCCGGACCUUCCUGCUGGACUCCGACUAUGAACGCAUUGAGCUGGGGCUGCUUUACGAGGAGAAGGGGGAGCGCCGGGCCCCGCAGGCCUGCCGCUCGGUGUGGGAGUACGUGGAGCGGCUGAGCAAGCGAACGCCCGUGUUCUACAACUACAUGUACGCGCCGGAGGACGCGGAGGUCCUGCGGCCCUACAGCAACGUGUCCAACCUGAAGGUGUGGGACUUCUACACCGAGGAGACGCUGGCCGAGGGCCCCCCCUACGACUGGGAGCUGGCGCAGGGGCCCCCCGAGCCGCCUGAGGAAGAGCGGCCAGAUGGGGGUGCCCCCCAGAGCAGGCGCCGGGUGGUGUGGCCCUGCUAUGACAGCCGCCCCCGAGCGCAGCCCGAUGCCAUCUCCCGGCUCCUGGAGGAGAUGCAGCGUCUGGAGACCGAGCUGGGUCGACCCCCCGAGCGCUGGAAGGACGCCUGGGAUCGGGUGAAGGCAGCGCAGCGCCUCGAGGGCCGGCCAGACGGACGUGGCACCCCCAGCUCCCUGCUGGUGUCCAGCGUGCCCCACCACCGCCGCUCGCUGGGUGUGUACCUGCAGGAGGGCCCCGUGGGCUCCACGCUGAGCCUCAGCCUGGACAGCGACCAGAGCAGCGGCUCCACCGCGUCCAGCUCGCGGCAGGCAGCCCGCCGCAGCACCAGCACCCUCUACAGCCAGUUCCAGACGGCAGAGAGUGAGAACAGGUCCUACGAGGGCACCCUGUACAAGAAGGGCGCCUUCAUGAAGCCCUGGAAGGCCCGCUGGUUCGUGCUGGACAAGACGAAGCACCAGCUGCGCUACUAUGACCACCGCGUGGACACGGAGUGCAAGGGCGUCAUCGACCUGGCCGAGGUGGAGGCUGUGGCACCCGGCGCGCCCACCAUGGGUGCCCCCAAGACUGUGGAUGAGAAGGCUUUCUUUGACGUGAAGACGACGCGUCGUGUUUACAACUUCUGUGCCCAGGACGUGCCGUCGGCCCAGCAGUGGGUGGACCAGAUCCAGAGCUGCCUGUCGGACGCCUGAGUGCGGCCCUGCCCCGCAGCCCUGCGAUGUUACCGACCACUAGGGGUGGGCAGGGCCCCCCGGCCAUGUUUACAGCCCCCCGCCCUCGACAGUAUUGAGGCCCCUCCCACCCCCCCGCGUGUACAGUCCCCCGCCCCGCCAGCUCCUGCUCACUGGAGGCCUGGCUGAGUGCCCGCCGGGAGCAGCACGGUACAGCCCUCGCGGUGGGCCUGUAAAUAGUUCCCCCGCCCGUCUGUGCGCUGGCCCCGGCCGGCUGGCCCCAGGCACCCUCUUCCUAGAAUGAGAGUCUAUAAAGAGCUAACGACA